CACAUUCCUAUACCAACCCUUCACCCCCACCAUAUUUUCAUCCCUUUAGAACCUGCAACAUUCCACAAGAGACCUCAGAAAUCUCUCCCUUCUCCCACCCUCCAUGCAUGAUGCAUUUGUGAUUGAUGAGAACGGUAUCUUGAUGCAGAGAUCCCCUGAAAUAUAGAAUUGGCUACCGAUAAUCUGAAACCAUCAUCGAUCAGUGUCCAAAUUUCAACAAAAUGGAGGUGCAGAGGUUGAGGGAGUUGAUGAAACUUUGGUCUUCGUUGCAAAUUAACCGUGUUUCCCUUGUGGGUGGAAAUCACACAGCAUCUAGAUUUUGCACUCGCUAGAAUUUCCCCUGUUUUUGUGUUCUCUUUUCUCUGUUUUUUCUUCCUCUAUAUACCUACAUACACAUACAAUUUAACCUCUUUCUACAUUCAUCUUCAUUCUGUUUUCAAUUUUCAACCUUAACUAGCUACUAACAAUGGCAAUCAACAUCAUUGAUGCUGCUACCUUGACAAAAAAUCGCUUUUGCAACAAGAAGCAUUCACUUCCUCUGUAUUCAGAAUCCCGUUAUCUUAUCAUCAGGCUUCCUAAUUCUCGAUUCAUGAAGCUAUGUUCUCGCUUUAUGCUUUUAGCAUUGGCUCUGGCUUCUUUCCAAUUGAUGACAAGAUCCUCCAUGAUCAACAUUGAAAGCUUCUCUUCCACCCUGCAGCCCAUGACAGAGGAUGGUGAGUUGAGCAAAACAGAGGAGGUUCUGUCAAUUUUGUUCGAUGAUUUGACCAACGAGGGGCUCAUGAAGAAGAAAACAGAACAACAAAACGCGAUUUUCCUCAACAACGAAGAAGGUUAUUCUUCUGGGUCAUCUUCUCAGGUUGUCACUGACCACAACAUGCACCACAUUCCCCUGAAUGACAUUGAGAAACAGAGCUCUGUUCUUGACAACUCUGUUGAUUUUGUUUUCAUCUAUGAUUUCCUUGCAUCUUCACAAUUCAUUGAGAGAGUUCUGAAAAUCGGUGGCGUUUGCACUGUUAUCAUGAGUUACAACCCCUCCACGGCGUUUUACAAGCCCUCUAACUACAAAAUCGCAUACAUGAGGCGGUUUGACUCUGUAGUGGUGGCGAUGAAGAAAACCAGCGCGGCCAAACCAACCUUGGCCGCGCCGAGAAAGCUCUGCGGCUACGCCGCAUCAGAAGCGAAGAAAGCUGCAUUGCAGAAUCUUGAGGAUGUGCUUCUGGAGCCGCCAAGAGCGGCUUCAGGGAAGUCAAGAAAGUACUUGAAGCGCACAAGGUUCCUCCCGGAUUUGAUGGGGGAUUCCCUCGAGAGCUACCCUCGCCGUGUUUUCAUUGACGUGGGGUUGCCGGAGAAGGAGGGAGGGAGCGGAACCGGGUGGUUCGCGACGAAUUACCCAACGAGGAACAAGAACUUCGAGAUGUACAAGAUUGAGACGGUGGCAGAGGUGCCGUCCGCGAAGGAGGUGGAGCAAAUUGGGAUGUCGGGUUGGCUGAGGAAGAAUGUGAAGGAGGAGGAGUAUGUGGUGAUGAAAGCUGAGGCUGAAGUGGUGGAUGAGAUGAUGAGGAGUAACUCCAUUGAUUUGGUGGAUGAGCUUUUCUUGGAAUGCAAGCCACAUGGUCCUAAGAAAGGGAAUAGAAGUAGAAGGGCUUAUUGGGAGUGUUUGGCUUUGUAUGGCCAGUUAAGGGAUAAAGGUGUUGCAGUGCACCAAUGGUGGGGUUAGAAGGAAAGAACAUGUAGUGGUUUGGUUUGGGUUGUGUUAAGUUUCUAUUUCAUUUCCGGAGAACAAGUACUUAUAGCCUACAUGUUUGAUUCCGCACUUAAAUGUUCCGGAAUCACUCUUGAUUGAAAGUUACAAGAAAUUAAGUCGUUGACUUUAAAAGCGAAUGUAUACUGUAUUUUGUGCCGAUUGUGAAACCAAUGAUGCGGAUACUUUUUUUGUGUGUGUAGAAUAGGGGAAAGAGUUGCAAGGAAGUUGAGCUUUCAUAGGGAGAGGGUGGAUUGAUCAUGGCAAAAAGGAAGGAGUUUCUUAUCACUUUUUUGUAUUUUUAGUGUAUUUUCUUUUGUGGGAGGUUAUAUUGUAAUUCUAUUUUUAUGGAUCUGUUUGUUGGUUUCUUUUUAUGUAUUUUGGGUGUUUAUAUACGUGAAAGCUAGUUAUGGAUGGCAAUUUGGAUCAAAGGGAUCAUGAAAGGAAUGAGUUAAAUGACCAUCAACAUGCUACGAUGGAGGGAUAUUGUACACAACGAUGAGGGGGUGACAUAUAUGAAAUGAGUCAAAUGCUGCUUUCCUUUCUUUUGUCACAAAUCAGAUCAUAGAAUAUAUAAUAAUAUAUACUUUAAUUGGAA